UGUUGCUUCCCGAUGUCAUACAUACGUAUGUAUGCAUCCGAGGUCUGACAGGCGGAGGAUCUGGAUUCUGGAUGUCGGCUUGGCUUACGAGAGGCGAAUGUCCACAAAGCACCUCACACCGCAAGCCUCAUACCUGACAUGCGAAGUCCGGGCGCAUCAAUGUUGAUUGCACGAGGGAUCUGCGCGGCAGGCUUAGGCUCAUGCUCGCCCCUUUCGCACGACCGUACUAACACGACUAGAGCGGUCGCAUAUGGACGUCAAAAUGGCACGACGGUAUGAGGAACCUCCCGUGGCGCGCUCUUCUCUCCGUGGCCUCAAACCAGUAAUUUUGUCAAAGCUCGAACAGGGUCAGGAGCUUGGUCACAAGGCAAAGUUUGUCGAAUCCGAAGAUGGCAGCUUCGCGAGCUUUCUGGAGGCAGCGGCCAAGGAAUACCGCCUCAAGAACCAAGCCUUUGCGAAGAAGCGCAAAGAGGAAGAGCUUAUCGAGAAAACAAAUGAGGCAGCUGGAGUUGUCACCAAGCUGAAGAAAAGGCCGGAACGAAGACAAAGGUCUGCAAAGAGGAACAGAGGCGACGGGAUCGAAGCGCGCGAAAAAGAGUUGAUGAAGUUGCUAGGCUUUGGUAGCACAUUCGAUGCUCUCAUCGACGGGUUUCAUGAAGUAGAUGCUAACAGUAGAAUCGAACCCGGAAGCACUGACAGUGAGACGGAGCCGGAAACGAUUUCAGCAUCUCCACAGGAAAGCUCGACCAAAACACCCCAAAGUACCCAAAUAGCCCCUGAUUCUGGCUCAGAAGACGAGCUACAAAUGCUGAAAAACAACGCCGCUUUCACAAAGACCCAGGCUUCCUCUGCAAGAGCAGCCCCAAUGUCACAAGGCAAGCGGCCUGCGACAAAUUCCACUAAAAUCCGGCUCGAAUAUAGUGAAACCGAAAGCGAGAACGAAGCAGAAAUUCUUGGGACCCUCCAGGAAAAAUCUGGUCUGAAAUGCACGCAACACAGACCUUCCACGAAGGGCGCGAAGCGAGGCCCGAUGAACUACUUUCUACGUGACUACCAGCGCGAAGACGUCUCCUUCUUGUACCGGUGCUACCGCGAAAAACGUGGCGGAGACCUGUUUGACGAUAUGGGGCUUGGGAAGAUUAUCCAGGUCAUCGCGUUUUUGUCAGCAAUCAUAAACAAGACUGGCUAUGAGACCGCAGACCAUCAAUGUCGGCUCAAUAAACUCAGAGAGACUACAUUGGGGGCGUUCCAAGCGGCUGUCAAAGACUGGCCCACCGCGCUGAUCAUGUGCCCCGCCGGAUUGCGUGACAACUGGCACCGUGAACUACUAAAGUGGAGCUAUCUGGAAACAGGCGUCUGCAGGAGCAAACAAGUGUCAAAGGAAGUUCUCAAGGAUUUCCGCAGAAGACGCUUGGAUGUGGUCAUCGCUGGCCUCGAGCACGUGCGCGAAAACAUCGAAGAAUUUACCUCACUCCAAUUUAGCGUCAUCAUCAUUGCUGAAGCACAUCGGAUCAGAAACAGCGCAACAAAUCUGCACCACAAGCUCAGUAGACUACAGUGUCCUGAGCUUUGGGAACUUCUGCAUUGGACGAAUCCUGACGCUCUUACCAAGAGCAAAGCAUGGAACGCGAUGAUCGCCACGCCAAUAGAAGAAGGACAGGCGGUUAAUGCAUCUGAGCUGCAGCGCGAUGCGGCUCGCAUUAUUGCUCAACGGCUGGUCGCCAACCUUCUUCUUCGCUUCCUCCUGCGUCGUACAAAGGAGCUGCUGAAAAACAUUUUGUCACCAACAGCAGACCACGUUGUUGUGUGUGCUAUGAGCCCGGAGCAGCACAGGGUCAACAGGAGAAUAUGGGCGGAGCCAGAAGUGCAAGCCAUCAUCCACGCUGACGAUGUCUGCUGCGGCAAAAUGAAUGAACUUGGACAACAGUUACUCCGAAAAGAGUGUUGUCACAAACGGUUCUUCACGCGAUUGGUCGCGAAAAAGCACGCGCUGCCGACCGAAAACGAGGACUAUCUCGAUGAUAUAGGCGAAGAUUCAGCGGACUGCCCAGCGAUGGCUAUGCGCCGCAAGCUGCAAGAAAGCGAAGGCAUGACUGCACUGCAAAAUGUCGCCUUGGUGCAUGACCCACUGAGAUUCCAGCACAUCAUGCUUGACGUAGCCAAUCCUCUUGCCCUUGUUUUUCGGGAUAAGAAAGACGCCAAGAGCAAGAACAAAAUGGAUCGCGAGCGCUAUUGGUGUCAGCUGAGCUACAUCAAGCAGCUGUAUCUGAAUGACUGGGGCAAACGCAUUGCCCAGCGUGAUCUGGGGACGAAGACCGAGUAUUGCGGCAAGUGGCGCAAAGGCCAAGGAGCUAAAGUGCUCAUCUUCUCGAGGAGAGUUAGGCUGUUGGACUACAUCGAGUCUUUCGUACAAAUGGAGGCUUACGAGCACCGUCGGCUCGACGGCUCCACGCUGCACCCAAAGCGCCAGGCGAUCGUCGAUGAGUUCAACGCGAAUGCCAACAUUUACAUAAUGCUGAUCUCGACAGUGGCAGGGGGCAUAGGCUUGAAUCUCACGGCUGCCAACAAGGAUCAUAAUUGGCCCCAGCUGGAUACCCGCUCUGAACAUGCAAGCGAUGGAUCGAGCGCAUCAUGGCGCAUGCGAACAUCGCCCUUGAAGGGCAAAGCCGAGGCAAGGCUUUUCGCGGCGCAUCAGGGAGAGAACCCGGAAAAGGGUGAGCUUUUCGGUUGGUCAAAUCUAUUCGACUACCAGCCAGAUGUGCGUAUCAGCACGCUCAUCCAAGAGGGCAAGGACAUACCUGGUGUCGAAGGUGGCAAGAUCCUGGAGGACAUGCUGAACAAUGAGAGCAUACCGCAUAGCAUGGGAAACACAGUUGAAAAGGCAUGGAUGCACGAUUUGCAGCAGAGGACGGAUGAUGCAUCCGAUCAGGUGAUCGGCGGCAAGAAGAUCGGGGCGAAUUUAUCAGCAGAUGACGCACUCAUCCUCAAAGAGUACUUUACAUGCGGCAAGACGGACUCAACAUCCCGAGGCGCGCUACCUAUCAAGAGAGAGAGCGUACCGAGAGAGGUCAUGGCGCCGCGAUCGCCAGGAGGAUCGGAGGAGAAUGUAUCCGGAAGUCUCUCUGAAGAACUGCCUCUAAAGAGGAGUGCGAUUUCAUCCGCGGGCAAGGUCAAGGGCAGAGCAGAGCACAGCGCAUCAUCGACAAAUGUGGCAGCUUCAGCUGCGUGGCCUCCCAUGCGAACUCGCAGUUAG